CACCAAUACGCUACAUUUAUUUCCAUUUCUCUCUUCUCUAUACCUAAUAUUUUUUUUUCUCUUCUUCAAACUCUGUGAGUAAGAACAUGGGAGCUCUCGAUAAUCUAUCGGAUUACAUUUCUGAUUUGUUCACCUAUGCCGGAAAAAAGAGGAAGCGAAAGCCAAUGCAGACAGUUGAAAUCAAAGUGAAAAUGGACUGCGAUGGCUGUGAAAGAAGAGUUAAAAAUGCUGUCUCCAACAUCAAAGGUGUGAAAACUGUGGAAGUAAACAGAAAGCAAAGCAGAGUAGUGGUGAGUGGGUAUGUAGAGCCAAACAAGGUAUUAAAGAAAGUAAAAAGUACAGGAAAAAGAGCAGAAUUUUGGCCAUAUGUUCCAUACAAUUUGGUGGCAUAUCCUUAUGUAGCUCAAGCUUAUGACAAGAAGGCUCCAUCAGGGUAUGUUAAGAAUGUAUUUCAAGCUCUUCCUAGUCCUAAUGCUCCUCAUGAGAAGUUUACUACAAUGUUUAGUGAUGAAAAUCCUAAUGCUUGUUCCAUUAUGUAGGCUAUAGUUUUCUUCUAAUUUUGUAGAUUAAUUUGUGUAUCACCUAGUUUUUACUACUUAAUUAGGACUAAUAUAUAUAAAAAAAUAGUGGUUUGUGUUUUGGAUUUGAAUGUAUAAGCUAGUAGCUAUGUAGGUUUUUGAAUUACAGCUUUUGAAUGUAGUUUUUCUUGUUGGACUUUUAUCA